CACUGAACAAAAUCCUUAUUUGCCACAUUCCCCAUUUUGCAGCAGGGGCUCCACACUUUUUCUUUACAGGAGUUUUUUUAAAGAAGAAAACAGGAUGGAGAUGUAUGUAAUUUCAGUAAUUUUAGCAAGUAGCCUCAUCAUACCGUUCACACUAAAAACUUUUUUCCCUUAUCUUUGGGUGGAUAUUUCGUAUUUCGGGGAUCUACUGUGGAUUUUAGUGAGGUUUGUGUCAAGGCGAAGAAGGAGACCUUUCUUCUUUGUUUUGGACCGUUUCUUGGAGCAGACCGCUGCGCAUCCGGACAAGCCGUUCAUUGUGUUUGAAAAUGAAAGAUACUCUUACGCUUACACUGAUAAAAGGAGCAACAAAACUGCCAACGCGCUUCAGGCUCACCCUGGCUACAAAGCUGGAGACACCGUCGCGCUUUUCAUGGGGAAUGAACCCGCGUUCUUGUUUACCUGGCUGGCUUUGGCUAAGUUAGGCUCUCCUGUGGCUCUUCUCAAUCACAACAUCCGCACCAAGUCUCUGCUGCACUGCUUUAAUUGUUGCAAGGCUAAAGUGUUGAUAGCAGCCUCAGAGCUAAAGGAUGCAGUGGAGGAUGUGCUGCCUUCACUGACAGAGCAGGGCGUCACUGUCCUCCUGAUGACCAAACACUGUAACACGCCCGGAAUCGAGAGCUUCUCUGAUAAAGUGGAUGAGGCUUCAGAUGCUCCGCUCCCUAUGUCCCUCAGAUCACACAUCACAUUCAAAAGUCCUGCAGUUUAUAUUUACACAUCUGGAACUACAGGUCUCCCUAAGGCAGCUGUGGUCAAUCAGAACCGCCUUCUCAUAGCUCUGGCUGUUUUAUCUUCAAACGGUGUAAUGCCUAAUGAUGUCUUUUACCUCAACCUGCCUUUGUACCACACAGCUGGAUUUAUUGUAGGCUUUAUUGGCUCCAUUGAGACAGGAUCAACGAUUGUUCUGAAGAGGAAGUUUUCUGCAUCUCAGUUUUGGGAUGACUGCAGGAAAAACAGUGUGACUGUUAUCCAGUACAUCGGAGAGGUGAUGCGUUACCUCUGUAGCACGCCAAAGAGAGAAAACGACAAGGAUCAUAAAGUAAGACUGGCCAUUGGUAACGGUAUCAGAGCAGACGUAUGGAGAGAGUUUCUCAGCCGCUUUGGAAACAUUCAGAUUCGAGAGUUUUACGCCUCCACUGAGGGAAACGUGGGAUUUGUCAACUAUGCAGGGAAAAUUGGAGCCAUUGGACGUGUCAACUUUUUGCACCGGAGGCUGUUUCCUUACAUUCUUGUUAAGUACGACACAGAGCGAGAUGAACCAGUUCGAGAUGCUAAUGGCCUCUGCGUGGAGGCACCCAAAGGGGAGACAGGACUGCUGUUGUCGAAGAUCACAGACAUUGCUCCUUUUGUCGGCUACGCCCAGAAUGAAGAACAAACGGAGAAGAAAAGACUACGCAAUGUACUCAAGAAAGGAGAUCUUUACUUCAACAGCGGAGACUUAAUGAGGAUCGAUAAGGACAAUUUCAUUUACUUUCAGGAUCGUGUAGGCGACACAUUCAGGUGGAAAGGUGAGAAUGUGGCCACAACUGAGGUUUCUGACAUCCUGACCAUCUGCGAUUGUCUCAAAGAAGCCAACGUUUAUGGAGUCCAAGUGCCAGGGCAUGAGGGGCGGAUAGGAAUGGCAGCUGUUACUGGGAAGGAAGGUGCUCAGUUUGAUGGAAGUAAACUAUAUAAGCAUGUGGUCAGCUACCUGCCAUCAUAUGCCCGACCUCGCUUUAUAAGGGUACAGAACGCCAUGGAAGUGACUGGGACUUUCAAGCAGAUGAAAGUGAAGUUAGUUGAGGAGAAUUUUGAUCCAGGACGUAUCCAGGACCCUCUUUAUAUCCUUAAUGAUAAUGAGAAGAGCUACGUACCGCUGACAGCUCAGGUCUACUGCUCCAUCCUAUCAGGAAACACCAAACUAUGAGCAGGCCCUUAGUGUUCACUGCGGGGCUUUUCAGACUGUCUGCAGUGAUACUUUUGAUAAUGAACCUCCAGCUCAGGGACGGACCAACUCUCAAAAUAUUAUGCAUGUUUAGUAAAAUAAUAUGGAAGCAUAAACACCCAUAUCAGAAGCAGUACAUUGGAACCGGAAGCGUAGGAUUCAUGUCAGGGUUCAGAGUUGGCCUGCAAGGAGAGGAUGGAGUUUGACAUUAUAAAUUACAUAUUUACUGGCAAGUGAUGAUAUAAAUAGUAUACUUAUUAGCAUGAUACCUGAUGCUUUUACUGUAUUUGGUUUAAUAAUGAUGUGGAUACAUGUUGCUUUUGGGAUGAUUGUGGACAGAAUGUGGAUAAACAGAUAGUGUCAUUUAAUGCGAUGCUUCAUGGAGAAUGGGACUAUAAGACAGUGGCUUUUAGAUUUAUGUAUUUAACAUGUAGUAUCUGAUGUACUUAACAGAAUACUCUGUUUUUAUGCAAGAUGUAAGUAGCAUGUUGUUGGAGUUACAAAAAUACUGUACAUAGAAGAGGGCCUAAAACUAAUUUUAUAUUUAUGUGCCAAUAUCUGUAAAUAUGAAUUGCUUUCUUAAGUAUUAAAGCAAUUCCUAUUGUAAAA